CGAUUUCAAAGUCAAACAGCAACAACAAGGACAUAAUGCGCAGCCAACAGCUGCGAAGCGCGGAGAGCAAAGCCGAGCAAGGCAGAGGCAGAGCAGGAACUCCAACGGUAAACGGGACAAGACACGACGAGCUCAGGCAGCUGGCAGCGACGCGGCGGCGACAGGACAACGCCAACGCUAUCCUUGUUGAGAGUUUCGCAAUAUAUUUUUAUUGCAGCAGUCUCAACGAAAGCGUCGAAGCAACCGAAUCGCAUCGAAAUCGAACACCCGACAAAUCGGCGUCUGCUUCCUCCCAGCUCUAGUGAAUAUACAUAUUUCCAGCAACAACCCACCUAAACUAAACUACAACUAUAAAACUAAAGCCAAACUCAACUAAGUAAACGAACUAAACUAAACUUGAAGCCAGAAGCUGUUACAACUUUUACCAUUUCUCGCUUGAAACUAAACUCUGAACAGGAAUAUAAUUAGAAUAAACACAACCAAGUGAGCAAAAUGAACGACAGUCGACGCAACACGGCCACGGAAUUCAGUUACAUUUUGCAGCGUCAGGGCAGCGAUGUGUCGGUUGCCGAGGCUUAUGCAUUCGAUGACUUCAACAAUUUAAUGAAGAACAACCAUCAGACACAUCAGCAACAGGGCCAGCCGCAACAGCAUCAGAAUCCACAUCAGCAACAGCAACAACAACAGCAGCAGCAGCAGCAACAACAGCAACAACCGCAUCAGCAGGAUGCUGUCCUGGGAGAGGCAUUGUCCUCACUCCCCCAGGCCUCGUUCAACUACAUAAACUCCAUCGUGGGCAGCGGCGUCAUUGGCAUACCCUACGCCCUCCACCGCGCCGGAUUCGGUCUCGGUUUGGCCCUUCUCAUCCUGGUGGCCUACAUCACCGACUACUCGCUCAUCCUCAUGGUCAGGUGCGGCCACAUUUGCGGUCGGUUCAGCUAUCCGGGCAUCAUGGAGGCCGCGUACGGCAAGUACGGCUACUAUCUGCUCUCCCUCCUCCAGUUCAUGUAUCCCUUCCUGGCCAUGAUAUCCUACAAUGUUGUGGUGGGUGAUACGCUGUCCAAGGUCCUUGUUAGGUUCUUCCCCUCCUGGGGCGGUUCGAUGGGCGCUGUUCGGCUGGGUGUGGUCUUCUUUGUGAAUGUGGGCGUGGUCAUGCCCCUAUGCCUCUACAAGAACGUCUCCCGGUUGGCCCGGGCCAGUUUCAUUAGCCUGGCCUGUGUGGUCUUUAUUUUGUUUGCGGUCAUCAUAAAGCUCAUGUCCGGCGAUUAUAAAGUCACGGAUACGGCGGAAUCGUGGCGCUUUGCUAACUCCGACCUCAUCCCUGCCACGGGCAUCAUGGUCUUCGCUUUCAUGUGCCAUCACAAUACCUUCCUCGUCUAUCAAUCGAUGCGCGAAGCGACCAUGGAGCGAUGGGAGAAGGUCACCCACAUUUCGAUUGGAUUCGCCUGGACGGUGGCGGCCCUCUUCGGCAUCGCCGGCUACUCCACCUUCCGCGCCCUCUCCCAAGGAGACCUUUUGGAAAACUAUUGCUGGGAUGACGACCUGAUGAACUUCUCUCGUGUCCUUUUUUCCAUCUCCAUACUACUGACCUUCCCCAUCGAAUGCUUCGUCUCCCGAGAGAUUGUACGCGCCCUCGUCCAUCGUUUCGUGCUGAAGGAGCCCAUCAGCGAGUUCACCCAGGACAAGGACCCCAGCCUGGAGAAGGGAGCCGAGAUCGAUGAGUACUCGAAAGCCAUUACCAUGGCCAUCGUGUUCAGCGCGUUCAUCAUUUCACCCAUGACCGACUGCCUUGGUUCGGUGUUGGAGCUAAACGGUCUCCUGGCCGCCAUCCCACUGGCCUACAUCCUACCCGGCCUGGCCUACAUCCAGAUGGAGCCGCACGCCCUCCUCAGCCGGGAGAAGCUGCCCGCCCUGGGCCUGGUGGUAUUCGGCGCUUUGGUAACCAUACUGGGGGCGGCGGUGCUGCUGCCCGGACUGAUGGGCGGGGACUGCCGGGCGGACAUUGUGAUGGGCUACUGCCGGCAGGAGUUCCAGAAUGCCACAGCCUCGAAUUAAAUCCUGGACGUUGGCAGACAGGGAGGAACAUGGAGCCAAAACCCAGCGUUUUGGGUUGCGGGUUGGGUUCAACAUGAUUCGUUUACGUUUAGAAUAUUUUCGGUUGGAUUUUCGGUUAGGAAAAAAUUCGGUUAAGAGCUGCACCAAAUCGCAUCGAAAGAAACUUGUACCUGAGUCCCAGACGUUCAAAGUAUCUGCGUAAGUAAGUUGUAGGGAAAAGUGUGUGUGAUACGGGCGAACCUCAGUACAAAGGCCAGGCGGAUUCUCUCCAUGAUCGAGUCAGCAAGCAUAUAUGCACUAGAUUGUUGAGUUUCGGUUUUUUUUUGGACAUACUCACCCACUAUUAUCAUGUAGUAUCCAUUGUUAAUUGUUGUCCAGCCCAAAAUGUUGCCGUAGUGAAAGUUCCUCGAUAGAUGUACUUUGAUGCCAUUUGAUGCACUAAUGAAAUGAAAAUGAAAUCGGAAAAUGAAACAAACCAAAUACCAAAUAUCUUAGAACCUAGAUGUUAUCCGUAGCUUUAGCGUAGUCUGAAACUAUUUGGGCACCAAUAUACACAGAAAUGCAAUCCUUAGAAAACCAAAAAUACCAACCAACUCCCCAUGUUGAGAGGCAAAUCAAAAGCGAACAAGUAUUAUACGAAACAACUAUUUAUAACUAUGUAUUGUAUCUGUAUCUGUAUAUCAUCAUAUUAUCAAAGUCAUGUUUCAGCGUUUUAUAUGUAUAUGUAUACAAAAAUAAGUAAAUAGUUGCUUAGCUCGGGCGAAACAUCAAAUCGAAUUGAAAUCAAAUAACAAAAAUGAAAACGAAACCCCUUUCCAUGAACACAUCGAUUUCUGACAACAGUUUUGAGUUGUUAAUGGCACUGAACUCUAUAUACUUUAAAUUGCUUAUAUAUACAACAUCCAGAAGACAGAAUACACACACAUAAGUAUUUAUACAUAUUUAUACACAAAGGAUAUAUUUUUGUACAACUCUUGAUUUAUAGUGCACGAUAUUAUGUAAAUACAUGUGUAUGCAUUUUUGGAUGUGAUUAAAGUUUAUACACAAAUAAACUGGAAGCUCUCACUUGUUACUUCCUCCUCGGGCCGAAGGACGCAAUGCUGAUGACCCAUCUAACUCUAUUCUCUAAGAGCUUAAACACACAUAUCAUAUGGCCAGAAGACACAAAGCGGGACAAACACAACCAAGGGAUUUUCUAUAGAUACUUUUUACAAGAACUUACCAACUUACCAACUGACCCUAUCGCUUAUACACGAACGAAAUCGGUUAACCAAUUUCUACAGACUAGACUUCUUGUAUAUACACUCUAUAGGGCUCUGCUUAUCAGAUCGAUCAGAACGAUGUUACCCAUCUUCUCAUUCGCCGAUUUAAUCUAAAUGUCUCUGUUUUCUAUCUACAUAUAUAAUAUAUAUAUAAUUACAUAUUAAAGUUGUAGGGAUUUGAUUAGGGAACUGUUGAAUUGGAAUUAUUAUUAUUAUUGUAUUGUGCAUGUAGAGAAAAAUAUAUUAAAAAUACAACCACAUAUUAAUGGUUUAGAUUGGAUGCGAGCGGCAGAUGGUAGUAGGAACUUUUCAUUUCCAGUGCAGAGAUAACCAAAUUAAAUUUCAUUCCAAUAGGAACAUAUGUCUAGAUAAGCAUAUGCAAUACCAAAAGCAAAACAACCAAAAAUCAAAUAAAAUAAAGAAUGUAUUUUAGAAAUAUGAAAAGCAAAACACUGCGGUUUUCCUGCACAAGAGCCUUAUCGUCUUGGAGACCGCGACCGGGGUUCCGUUUUAGAAAUUUUGCGGUGACUUUAAAAAGAUAAUAUUUUUAGACUAGAAAC